GUCUUUGGUCUGUGGAAGAGCGGGCAAGCUGCCCAGGAUGACUGCGGGUUGUAAGAGACUGUUCUUUUAUAUCAUUUGACUCAAAGUUUGCCGAGGAGCAAGUCCAGGCAAGUCCUGGGCAAAGGUAGAGAAAUCUUCCGUCUGGAGGACACUGAUGGACGGGUCCUGGCUAAGCGUUGUGAAAUCCUCCAAGGAGCACAGAUGGACACGGCCAGGGGCAGCGAGAGAGAGAUGAGCUGCUGAUAACGGCCGGGAAACGGUCUUUGUGUGUGGGCUUACCUCGAGGAAGAUGGCCAUCUCAGGAGGUACGCACAGGACUCUUGCUCAAGCACCCAGGGGUGUCAGUAGGCAGCAGAAAAUGGAGGAUAAAAGAGGGGCCAACAACCCCGACAGAUUGGGCGGGGUUUUCUGCCAUCUGAUCCUUCACCACGACGGACUGAGAGGGGUUUUCUGCCAUCAGAUCCCUCACCACGACAGACUGAGAGGGUUUUCUGCCGUCAGAUCCCUCACCACGACGGACUGAGAGGGUUUUCUGCCAUCAGAUCCCUCACCACGACGGACUGAGAGGGUUUUCUGCCAUCAGAUCCCUCACCACGACGGACUGAGAGGGGUUUUCUGCCAUCAGAUCCCUCACCACGAUGGACUGAGAGGGUUUUCUGCCAUCAGAUCCCUCACCACGACGGACUGAGAGGGUUUUCGGCCAUCAGAUCCCUCACCACGAUAAACUGAGAGGGGUUUUCUGCCAUCAGAUCCCUCACCACGACGGACUGGAGAGGGUUUUCUGCCAUCCAAUCCCUCACCACGACGGACUGAGAGGGGUUUUCUGCCAUCAGAUCCUUCACCACGACAGACCAGUGAAGGGUUUCUGCCAUCAGAUCCCUCACCACGACAGACUGGAGGCUCUCUGCCUUCAGAUCCUUCUCUCCGGACCGUAUGCUGACGGACUUCCGUGGCCCUGCUACCUGAGACCUGCUGCUUCCUCCCUGACUUACUCUGCGGCUUCUUCCUGCACCCACCCGGUCCUGCCCCCUCUGGUUGCCCAAGACCCCCCUCGCUGCUCCUGCCCUUCGGCCUCGGACCGUCGGAACGUCGUGCAACGGAACUGCUGCUGGAUCCUGGUGCUGCCUAUCCCCGCUUUACGCAAUUCUUGCUUCUUUCUAUCUUUUCCAUCGCUCGCCUUCCCUUCCCCAUCGCCCCGAUCCGGAACAGUGUCCGUCCUCCCCUUUCUCCAUCUCCCUUAUUAACGUUUGUAAUAAACCGGUCGGACCAACAUUUGAACCGUUGUUUCUUAAUCUCACGCCGGGCAUGCAUAUCUCAAAGAACCUCCUCUCCCUCCUACAAAUGGGAGCGAGACAGGCACCUGAGCUGGGCCUCCUUUGGAGCGGCAGUAGCCCUAAUACCCUCGUGGCCAUACUCAGGUGUUUCCACAGCCACCAACCUCGUACCAACCCUCGUGUUCUUCGUACACGAGGCUGACUCAUCCUCCUCCUCCUUCACCAAGACACCAGGCUGGGAUCUUACCAGCGCAUCCCCCUCCUGCAAGCACCGGCCCGUUACGUACAGGCUGUGUUCUAAUGACCCCAAUUUCUAAUGACCCCAAUUACACCCCCGUCGCCUUCUGCAACUGCGAUGUGGACCUCCUGUGUCAGCCCUCGCGCACGCUGACCAAUUACCUGCUCAGGGCCAAACGACUGCACACGUGAGCAGUAAAACGGCGUUCAUUCACUACGAAGCACAGCUUAUAUACCUUUACUUAGGCACUCGUACCAUCGUGUCCUACCCUGAUUCGUCCGUACUGGAUCUUAACCCACAGUUCCUUACUUGGCUCCUAUUGUCUCCUCGUUCCUUCGCCUUCUUAUCUCGUUUACUUCGUUAGCGAAGGACGGUCUGUCUGAGCACAACAGCACCCUUUCACUGUGCUUAGGGAGAGGCCUAUCCCGUGCAGUGCAGCACGUACCUCCGCAAAGCACCCACUGCAACCCCCACCCCCUUUCAUAUCCAGCCGUGCUCCUAAAGAGGUUGAAUUCCUCGGGAAAAGACCGUCAGGAAAGUGAAGUCCUGUCACAGUUACCUAGAUAGAUCUGUGCCCGUGACAGGGGGGCAGUAGGCUCGCGGGCCCCCUCCCCCCCCGGCUUCCCGAGAAAAAAAGAAACAGAGCAGAGGCAACGAUGUAAGAAGGAGGACUUAUUUUACUAACGACGAUGUUGGAGUGCAAGAUGACACAGUAUAAUGCGAUCUCAUUGGGAGUAAGGAUAAUGAAUGGAAUGGAAUGAGAGAGAGCGGAAGAGCGAUAGAGAGAGAGAGGGAGAGAGUGCCUGCAGUGGAAUUCCGGGGUCACAGCCUGAACCGAUGGGUGCGCUCUGUGAGUGUGUGAGUGCGGCGGCGCGGCGCUACGAACGGGGAGGGACACAUUGCUCAGCUCGGCUCUGCCUGCGCGCUGCUGCCGGGAGGGGUGAGUCGAUUCUUUUGGGUAUCUUUCCCUCGUGUGCCUAUUUCUUAAAUAAAGGCUUUGCCACUGCCUUCAUUUGCUCUACAUUUUGGCGAGCCAGGCGGCCAAAUAUCUUUAAAGAUACCCAAUUAUAAGCCUCUUAAAAUAAUUACCAUGACACUUUUGAACAAUUUCAUGGGGUGGUUUGGACGGGGAAAGGCUAGCCCCAUAAGUGAAGUUUUGCCAGGGCACAUCCCGGGAUUCCUAGGAUCCCCAUAUCACGGGAUUGCUUGUAUUAUUGAAAAAUGGGGUCCCCUACGGGAUGCAGGAAAUGUUCAGGAAUCCCCAGCCCGCCUGGCUGAGUAUUUCAGUAGUCUAAACAAAAACGUACUCACUACACGAGAACGACAGUUAGCUGCCUCCACGGUGGCGUGGCCGCUGCUGAUGGCCUUGAACCGGCUAAAUAUAACUGAAGGGGUUCUCACUGAUGAAAAUCAACUAUUACGUGACCGUGUGGAAGAACUGGAAAGACAGGUUGCAAUUUUGAGAGGGAAAAAACCUAACCCUAUAAUUCUGGUACAAAAAAUCCGAAACAUCUCUCUAGAAAUAACUGGGGAUCCUAUACAAGAGAGUCCACAUGAACUGGACUCAGAAAAUGAAAGCACUAAGAAGUCGGAUCUUGAGGCUCCACUGGAGCUUGAUCCCUUUGAGAUCCGACCAGUUGUAACUCAAAAAACAAAAGAAACGCAGGACAGGCCAGCGGGGCUGCCCCCUGACCAGCGGCCCCCUGCCCAGAGCACACUACGUGUAACAGCUCGCCCAUACACGGCAGCUGAAUUAAUGGAUUUAGUACAACGCUUUAGACAAAGACCGAGAGAGAGUGUGCCAGCAUGGUUACUGAGACUAUCUGACGUGGGGGCAGAAAGCGUUGUGGUGAAUGGGCCAGAAAUCUCAAAACUGGCAUCCAUUACUACUCACCCGGCCCUCAGGCAAAGACUAUAUGCGGCUGUGCAACACAAUGAAGAAAAUCAUUCACUGAUUGCAUGGUUAAUGGCCGCAUGCCGUGUGACAUGGGCGAAUAAAACGGACAUACCAUUAAAUACCGGCCUAUGGUCCUCUAUGGAGGACUUACAAAAUUACAUCCGAGAAUGAGGUAUGAAGGAGGCAAUUUAUGAGGACAAUUUUGAGAGCCCAGAUAUGAUAAAAUU